UUCGGUCUGCGGUGCCGACGAAGUGCUGGACCCGCGGCGGGCCAGUGCACCCCGGCCUGCGCGCGCAGAGGCUCCGGGUCCCUCAGGCCGAGGCGCCGGCGGCCGCGCGAGGCGGGUGGGGUGGGCAGCGUUCGCCGGGCGCGCUGUGCGCGGAGCAAGCGUGAGGCGGCCGGGGGCCGGGACGCCAUGUCCAUGGAGGACCCCUUCUUUGUGGUGAAAGGAGAGGUACAGAAAGCAGUCAACACUGCACAGGGAUUGUUUCAGAGAUGGACAGAGCUCCUCCAGGACCCAUCCACAGCCACGAGGGAAGAAAUCGACUGGACCACCAACGAGCUGAGAAACAACCUCCGGAGCAUAGAGUGGGAUUUAGAGGACCUUGACGAAACCAUCAGCAUAGUCGAAGCAAAUCCUAGGAAAUUCAACCUCGAUGCAACCGAAUUGAGUAUAAGAAAAGCUUUCAUCACAAGUACUCGGCAAGUCGUCAGGGACAUGAAGGAUCAGAUGUCAACUUCAUCUGUGCAGGCAUUAGCUGAAAGGAAAAAUAGACAGGCCCUGCUAGGAGACAGUGGCGGACAGAACUGGAGCACUGGAACGAUGGAUAAAUAUGGGCGCCUUGACCGGGAGCUCCAGUUGGCCAAUUCCCAUUUCAUCGAGGAGCAACAGGCACAGCAGCAGCUGAUCGUGGAACAGCAGGAUGAGCAGUUGGAGCUGGUCUCUGGCAGCAUCGGGGUGCUGAAGAACAUGUCCCAGCGCAUCGGAGGGGAGCUGGAGGAGCAGGCAGUAUCGGCGCCAGUGGUGUGCCAUCGCUGUCCUCUUCGUGGUCCUCCUGGUCGUGCUCAUCCUCUUCUUAGUGCUGUGACAGCGGGGCCCCCGGCUCGCUUCCUCCUGCACAGGAACCUGAGGGGAGAGGGAGAAGCAGCGCACGGUGUGCCCGCCCCUCGCGUCCCUCGCCUGGAAACACAGCCUGCGCUGACUUUUCUCUCUGUGACCCCACCAUGGAGACAGGUCCUUCAGCCCAGCUUGGGGAGGGCCGGCGGGAAGAGGAAGUCGACGACUGCACACUCCUGGUGCCCCCCUGGCCUGGAUCCGAGGACAGCGGGCCCUGCUUUGCCCCCCUGGACCUCGCUCCCCCUGGAGGGCCUUCGAGGAAUCCAGAAAAAUUCGCAGACUCGGCUCGUGUUGCCUGUUGCUCAUUCCAUCUGUCUUGGCAGCUCCUCCUGCCCCCCACCCCCGGCUCAGACCCUUCCCCCGCCAGACAGCACGCGCUGGCCCAUCCAGGGGCAUCCAUCGGGGGUGCGGGCCCCUGGGGUGGGUCUCACAUCCUGUCGCGGCAGCGUCCCUUUGCCCCCGAAAGCUGGCGGUUAGUGGGGACAGAGGGCUCGGAAGUACUUUGUGACAGAAGAUGCAGUGACUGGUUUUUCAGGGAUAAGUGCUAGGGUGAAAGUGCUUCCCCGAGCACAGUUUUUUGUGGUAGGAAUAACCAAUGGAAAAGAAUGAAGAGCACUGGGCUUUGGGGGUGCUGGCAACUUGUGGC